AUGUCAAAGGAAACCAAACCACCAUUAGAUUCAAGAAUAGGUAAAGAUUCACCAUUCACAUUUGGUCAAAGAUAUUUAGAGAGUGAAGAAGAUGUAUUUAAUCAUAAUGCAUGGGAUCAUGUAGAAUGGGGUGAAGAACAAAUCCAACAAGCACAAGAAUUAAUUUCUAAACAAUAUGAUCAUCCCGUUAAAGAAUUUGAUAAAAAUUUAUAUAAUUCUAAUCCAGCAAAAUAUUGGGAUUUAUUUUAUAAACAUAAUCGAGAAAAUUUUUUUAAAGAUCGUAAAUGGUUACAAAUUGAAUUCCCAUCAUUAUUUAAAGUCACCAAUAAAGAUUAUCAACAAUCAACUACAAUAUUAGAAAUUGGAUGUGGUGCUGGUAAUACAUUCUUCCCAAUUUUAAAUCAAAAUGAAAAUGAAAAUUUGAAAAUUUUUGGAUGUGAUUAUAGUAAAGUUGCAGUUGAUUUAGUGAAAUCUAAUGAAACAUUUAUAAAUAAUCAUGAAAAGGGAGUUGCUUAUUCAUCAGUAUGGGAUUUGGCUAAUCCUGAAGGGGAAAUCCCAGAAGAUUUAACUCCUAACUCAGUUGAUAUAGUAAUCAUGGUGUUUGUGUUUCUGGCAUUACAUCCAAAUCAAUGGAAACAAGCAGUUGCCAAUUUAUCUAAAGUUUUGAAACCUGGUGGUGAAAUAUUAUUUAGAGAUUAUGGUAGAUAUGAUUUGGCUCAAGUGCGAUUCAAAAAAGGGAGAUUGUUAGAUGACAAUUUCUAUAUUAGAGGUGAUGGUACUAGAGUUUAUUUUUUCACUGAAGAAGAAUUGGAAGAGAUAUUUUGUAUAGUGGGACCAUUUCAAAAAGAAAAGAUUGCUACUGAUAGAAGACUAUUAGUCAAUAGAAAGAAACAAUUAAAAAUGUACCGUAAUUGGCUACAAGCUGUAUUUAGAGGAUAA